AUGGGCGACGAGUUGCCAUCAUCACACAACAUCACCAUCUUCUGCCCCAGGACAGGGGACAAAACAACAGAGUGGAUCAUGGAAUUGAUCAAGAAGCAGAAUGACUUGAACACUGAGAACUGGCGUCCCAUAUCAAGGAAGUAUGAGGGUUGUGGCUCGCUCCUUAGCCUUGCCAUUGAUGACAACUCAUGCACCAAGAUUAUUUCUAGUGACCACAAGCUGAGUUUCAGGUUUGGAGACAUCUCAGUUUGUGGUUUAAAGAAGGCCAAAGCGAUCAAAUCCGGCAAAAGACAGGUCGAGACUCCUCGAAAUCCACCAGUCUCCGCGGAGAAGGAGAAGCCCAAUAAGAUCUCCGAAUCCAGCGAGGAUCUGGCCGAUGAUGAGGAUCUAGAUGCGACCAUCACCGCUGUAGAAGAUUUUAACUCGUGUCUUACUAACGCGUGUAGGGAUAACUGCUCCCUUGGCCGAGCCAAGAGGGAUACAGAUGCUCCAUGGUGGAACGACCAAUUGGAGAAGUUACGGAAAGCGACCAGGCAGCAAUAUGACAGCGUGAUCCAGGAGUACCUGGAUCUGGGUCAUAUGAAAGAAGUUCCGCCGACUCACGAUUCUCCCUCGUAUCAUCUUCCUCAUCACGCGGUCCUGAAAUGGCGUUAUUUUCAAUACGUCUUCAGUGCAGACAUUACGAAAAUGUACCGUCAGAUCUGGGUCGAUCCAAAACAUACCCCGUUUCAAAGAAUUCUGUUCCGAAACAAGGAAGGAGAUAUCCGAGACUUUGAACUAAAAACAGUUACCUUCGGGGUCAACUGCGCCCCCUUCCUCGCCAUUCGAGUAUUGCAACAGCUGGCAGAGAAUGUCCAAGUGCCAUUUCCAAAUGCCAGCCGCAUCAUCCAGCAGCACAUGUACGUCGACGACGUUCUGGCAGGGGCGAAUUCCGUAAACGAAGCCCAAAGUUCAAUUCGAGAGUUGCAAGCAGCCCUAAGUGCCUCCGGGUUUCCGCUAAGAAAGUGGACCUCGAACAACAAAAGCGUCCUUAAAGACGUCCCGGCCGAACACCUCCUUCAUAGCGAGUUCCUCGACAUCGAUGCCGAAAGCACGCCCAAGACGCUCGGUAUUCGGUGGAGGGCAAAGUCCGACAAAUUCUAUUUCGUUCCCCCCGACAUAGUUGUGGAACCCUCCUAUACAAAGCGAGAAGUUUUGUCCCAAAUCGCUAGGUUGUUCGAUCCUGCCGGGUGGCUCGCGCCGUUCAUAAUCCGUUCAAAAAUGUUCAUGCAGGAGAUUUGGUUGCAAAACUUAGGCUGGGACGAUAAGCUUCCCACUGAAAUGAGUCAGCGGUGGCAAUCGUUUUUAGAUGAGUAUUCCGACCUCAACCAGAUCCGGGUUCCGAGAUGGAUCUGGUACCAGCCUGAGGUAAUCAUAGAGCACCACGGUUUCUGUAACGCGUCUCAGAGAGCCUAUGGAGCGGCUAUAUACAUCCGCGUCGAGAUGGGGCAAAAGAUCCUGACUCGCCUGCUUACAGCCAAAACACGAGUGGCCCCGGUAAAAACCGUCUCCCUUCCUCGGCUAGAGCUCUGUGGUGCCGUGCUGUUAAACCAAAUGGUGACAGCAAUCCUUCCGCACAUGCCCUCCGCCAGUUCAGAUAUCCGCUGCUGGACAGAUUCCACAAUCGUCUUAGCCUGGCUACGAAAGCCUGCGUGCAACUGGACCACAUUUGUGGCCAACAGAGUUGCCAAGAUCACGCAGGCGACGCCAGUCGACUGUUGGGCACACGUUCGCUCAGAACAAAACUCCGCCGAUCUAGCCAGUCGAGGCGUAUCCCUACAUGAAUUGGCAGAAAACCAUCUCUGGUGGCACGGACCAGAGUGGCUGCAAGGGCCACGAGAGCUAUGGCCAGCACAAAGCGACACUCUUCCAGUGACAGAGCUAGAGCAGCGCGCGGUCAAAGUGCAUUUUGUCAAGGCCCCGUCCAUCGACUUUCUCGAACGUUUCUCCAAAUUGGACAAGGCCCUGCGAGUUCUGGUCUAUGUUCAACGCUUCCUUAAACGCUGCCGCAAAGGAUCGUUCUUGCCCAGUUCACGACCUACAAGUGAAGAGAUCCGAGAGGCAGAACGAACUCUGACCUCCAUUGCGCAGCGCAGAGCAUAUGGCCAAGAGCUUCAGCAUCUGACCGAGAAAAGGCCUCUUCCAGUGUCAAGUCCUUUGGUGAAUUUGUUCCCGUUCAUUGACCAACACGGCCUUUUAAGGGCGUGCGGCCGUCUCACUGCAUCCAAAACCCUGCAAUAUGAUGAACGUCAUCCGAUUCUUCUCCCCUAUGACUGUAGACUGUCGCGCCUCAUCGUCCAAUUUACUCACCAGAUUACUCUUCAUGGCGGUAGUCAAUUGAUCGUACGCCUGAUCCGAACAAAGUAUUGGAUUCCUAAAAUCAAGAAUCUGGUGAAGGCUGUGGUCAAUCCGUCUAAGAUUUGCACGAUUUACAAGAAGAGACUCCAAACACAGCUGAUGGGCGACUUCCCGACAGAUAGAGUCUCCUUCUCGAGGGCGUUCACCUACACGGGAACCAAGAACUGCUUCGAUGGGUCCAACGAACGCAACGAUGGAUAA